AUGACAGAUAGUAGUCAGAUCGGUCGUUCUUCAGUUGCCAUUGUUGAAAGCAAUGAAGCAACUUGGAAUAAUACAAAUGUCACUGAUGUGGGAGGUGAUGUUGGGACAGAUUUUAUGGACAUGAUUGAUUUUAGCGAGGUGGAGGAGAUGCAUGGUGGUGAUAAUGGUACUGAAGAAAUGAAGCGUUAG